UAUGUGUAGCAAUAGAACGAUAAUGCAACCGUUUCCAAACGUAGUGGAAUAGCGGCUGUCAAACAAAAGAAACAAAAGUAAAGAAAAACACAAACGUAAACAAAUCCUACUGGUGGGGGAAAAAUCGGUGCGUCGCAUUAGAAAAGCUUUGCUUACUCAUCAGUUAACUAGUGAAAUUUAGAUACGUGGGGAGUUUAUCCAGACAGCUAGCAAAAUGAUUGCAACCAGAGUAGGAUUUGGUGGAUUGCCGAACAUAUUGCAGCGGCAAUUAUGUAGCAAUUUUCAGCCGAAACGAUACGGAUUGGCCCAAUACCAACGAACCCUAAGUGCGGCUACUGCUAGCAGGCUGAUAAGUGAUACGAAAACAACCCUUCCAGUGCCAUCACACGGUCACAGAAUGUUUUCUAGCAUUAACUAUCUGCGAGGUGAUCUGGAAUGUACGGCCGGAACGAUGAACGAUGUGAAACAAACGAUAAUAAAGAAACUUGGAAUUGAAGUCGGGUACACGCCGUUCGUAAGCACCCGGGAACAUCUGGCACAGUAUGUACCUCCAUCCGUUAGCGUCCUUCCACCACGCAGCAUGCAGGAUUCAUUUACAUCGGCAAUAAUUCCGCUGACAACGGAUAAAAUUCUCAAGGACAAGUACGUCGGCUUCAUGGGAAAUGUCCGCGUUGGCCGACUGAUGGAAGAUAUGGAUAUGUUUGCCGUUUGGGUGGUUCAUAAGCACGUAUUGUUGCCGGACCUACCGGAAGGUGUUUCCCUACCGUAUACUUUUGUAACGGUGCUGGUGGACAAGAUCGACUUUACCGAUCUGGUACCAACACAUGAUGCCGAUAUUCGUCUUUCCGGCCAUGUGAGUUGGGUGGGCCGGACCUCGGUGGAGGUAGUGGUCUGGAUGGAGCAGAAACUGCACGGCAAGUGGCGCAAACUUACCCGUGCACUAUUUCUGAUGGCGGCUAGAGAUGCUACCAACACAAAGGCUGCCUUUAUCAAUCCACUAGUGCCUGCCAACGAAGAGGAGAAAACAAUUUUCGAUGGAGGAGAAUCGCGCAAAAAACGACGAAUUCAGAUGCAGCAGGAAGAUUUACUCAAAACCGAACCAAACGAUUUCGAGCAACGAUUGGUACACGAACUGUUCGUAAAGUCCAUCGAUACCAAGAGCAAAGCGUUCAACAAACGUAUUCUACCACCGGGAUAUGUUUGGAUGGAGGAAGCCACUAUAGCAAACAUAGUGUUCUCUCAUCCUGAAGAUCGCAACGCCCACAAUAAGGUGUUUGGUGGAUUCUUGAUGCGCAAUGCGCUCGAAUUGAGCUGGGCGUUGGCAUACAAUUUCGCCAAGCGUCGUCCAAAGCUGGAACAUAUAUCUGACAUUAGCUUCCAUCAUCCGGUGGACGUGUCUUCGAUGCUGAACAUGCAGGCCCAUGUCAUCUUUACCGAUCUGCAUUACAUGGAAAUUGUUGUGCUAGCGGAUGUGUAUGAUGCGGUGACUGGGCAGCAAACAACCACGAACAGUUUCUACUACACGUACUCGGUUGCCGAACGAUUGCCCAAGAUAAUGCCGAAAACGUACCACGAGGCAAUGUAUUAUUUGGACGGGCGUCGAAAGUUCCGCUACGCUAUGGGAAUCGAUACUGCGACGACAUCUGCACCGACCGCAGGAACGACGGACACAACGAAGAGCAAGCUGUGAAUGUGAAAUUAUGCACAGUGGUGAGUUUACAGGGAGAGAUUAAUGUUUUAUUUUUAUUUAUUUGGCGACGCUUUGCUUCAAAAGCACUUAAACGCCAGACGUUCAACAAGCAGCUUAACGAUAUUAACUCCCUCCGAUGUUAAGCCUUAUUAUACUAAAUUGUGUCUUCAUUUAAUUUAUGAUUACUACGGUUGAUAUUACAGCCAGAUAUUGGACACGAAAUAAGAGUCAU